CUCCUCCUCGCCUCUGUCCUCCUGGCCGUUCAGGUAACUGCCAGCUUCCAAAAAGUUCCCCUCUCCCACAGAAAUGUAGCCAAGCAGGAGCUCGAGGCGCAUUCAAUGACAAUGAAGACUUCGAAGAGCUCGAGGGACGAUCCACCUCAGCCUUCCCCAAGCUGCUGAGGCAGACGACCAUGCGAAGGCACAACGAGCUACGAGCAAAGCAUGUCAACACUCCCGACCUCAAGUGGUCUGAUGAGCUGGCCACCUAUGCCAAGAACUGGGCCGAAAAGUGCAACGUCGACCCCCUCGAGCACAGCAACGGAAACAAGUACGCCGAGUCCAUUGCCAACUACCCUUCUCUCAAGUCUGCCAUUGCAGGCUUUUACUCCGAGGUCUCGGACAUUGACUGGUCCAACAUCCAGUACUCCCAGGGCGGACACUUCAUCAACAUGAUCUACAGGUGCGUACGAGUUGAUCCAUGCUCAAGGGGGAGAAGCGAGGAUAAUGGCUCUUGAAGCAGUGCUUCACCGAUACUGACCUCUACGUAUUCUGUCUGCCCUCUGUCCCUCGCGGCUGACAGUCUGACCACCC